CAAUAAUUGACAUACUAAAAAGUCCCCUCAUAAGACUACCUCAUAUUUCAUGGAGUUCAAGGUUUCCACACUGCAUUUCCUGCUCAUAGCUCAGAUACUGAACCCAAGUUCAGCUCUUGGCUCAAACACCUGCAAAUUCCCAGCCAUCUUCAACUUUGGCGACUCGAAUUCUGACACCGGUGGCUUCUCUGCAGCAUUUGGCCAAGUUCCUCCUCCCUAUGGGGAGACAUUCUUCCACGCCCCGGCUGGCCGCUACAGCGAUGGCCGUCUCAUCAUUGAUUUUAUAGCUCAGAGCCUAAGACUGCCUUAUCUCAGCGCUUUUCUUGAUUCUGUUGGCUCAAACUUCAGCCAUGGAGCUAACUAUGCAACUGCUACUGCAACCAUAAGGCCUCAAAACUUAUCCCUUUUCAGUGGAGGGUACAGCCCGAUCUCCCUCGAUGUGCAGCAGGUCGAGCACUCGGAUUUCAUGACAAGAUCACAAGUUGUUAGAGAAAAAGGGUUCUUCCACAGCUUGUUGCCGGAGAGGGGCUACUUCUCCCGGGCUUUGUACACGUUCGACAUAGGCCAGAACGACAUAACCGCCGCCUAUGAUCUCGGCUUGACCACAGAGGAAGUCAAGGCACAAGUUCCUGAUAUGAUAGGACAGUUCUCCUCUGCCAUUAAGAAAAUAUACAGUUUAGGAGGGAGAACAUUUUGGAUACACAACACAGGACCAUUAGGCUGUUUGACCUAUGUUAUUGAUGCUCAAGCAGCUACUACACCGGAGGUUGAUAGAUAUGGUUGUUUGAUCCCUUUCAACGAGGCUUCGCAGCAUUUCAAUGUGAAACUACACAAAGCCGUGUUGCAGCUGAGGGAGGAGCUCCCUCUUGCUGCAAUCACAUAUGUUGAUAUCUACUCAGCCAAGUAUGCUCUCAUAAGCCAGGCAAAGAAACUAGGAUUUGAGGAUCCAUUCCGAGUCUGCUGUGGCUAUGGAGGGAAAUACAACUACAGCAGGUUUUCUAGGUGUGGGGACAAGACAGUAAUGAACGGGACAGAGUUCGUUCUUGCCAAGUCGUGCAAGGAUCCAUCUGUUUGGAUCAACUGGGACGGUGUUCACUUCACCGAGGCAGCCAAUAAGUGGAUCUUUGAUCAGAUUACAAAUGGCUCGUUUUCAGAUCCUCCGGUUUCACUUGAAUUCGCGUGUAACAGAAGCAGCUGAAGAUGGCAUUAGCCCUUCAUACAGUUCCAUUGAUCUCAUGAGUUGUUGAAUGCUAGGCAUUUGUUAGUGUAUUAGAGUUGUAAUUUACGGAGUUUUAUAGUAGCAACUUUGCAUCGCACUGCUGUACGCACUCUUUUCUUCCGUUUCAGAGUGUUCCAUUUUUCAGUUCAAAAUGACAGUGAAUCAUCAAAACCAUAAGUGAAUUAUCUUCUUAAAAAGUCA